AUGGAUCUGCAAACAUCAGGAUUGUUCUUUGUCAUCUUCUUCUCUUGCACGUUGGGAAUACAGUUGGAUGAACAUGGGUACAGAGGUGUUCUCAUUGCCAUCAACCCAGCUGUCCCUGAAAAACCAGAUGGUGAAAAACUCCUUUUGAAUAUUGAGGAUAUGAUAAAAGAUGCAUCUAUGGUUUUAAGCAAAACUGCUGGGGGCAGGUUUCAUUUCAAGGAAGUGACCAUAUUAGUUCCUUCAAACUGGGAAAACAAAGGCUACAAAAAUGCCAGAACUGAGAGGUAUGACAAGGCCCAUGUCAUUAUUGAUGAGCCAAACCCUGCAUAUGGAGAUGAGCCCUACACUCUCCAGUACGGCCAAUGUGGAGAUGAGGGCCAGUACAUCCAUCUCACCCCAGACUUCCUGCUAGACAAGCUUGUCGACGUGUAUGGAGGAAAAAGUAAAGUGUUUGUGCAUGAAUGGGCACAUCUGCGAUGGGGUUUGUAUGACGAGUAUAGUGAUGAGGAGCCAUUCUAUCUGUCUGGAAAGGGUAACGUUGAGGCAACAAGGUGUAGCAUCGACAUUACUGGACAACAGUGUGACACAUCUAAAGGUGUGUGUAAAACACCUUGUGACAAAGACCCACAAACUGGAUUGCCCACCGGUGACUGCAUAUUUAUACCCGAUGCACAUAUAUCUACACAAGAGUCAAUAAUGGCUUAUCCCAGCUUGCAUUCUGUGGUAGAUUUUUGCUCAACGGAGACUCACAAUGCUGAAGCCCCAAACAGACAGAAUCAGAUGUGUGGUAACAGAGCAGCUCUGGACGUGAUCCUCAACAGCUCUGUGGAUCGUGGAACUCCAGAACCAUCUUCCCCCUUCCCCAAUGUGUUCCCAACUGUGUGGAUCGUACAGAGGAGGGCCAGGGUUGUGUGCCUCGUCCUGGAUGUAUCAGGAAGCAUGUCUGGGAAAAGGAUAUCGCUUUUACGACAGGCUGCAACACUGUUUCUUAAAGAGAUCAUUGAGGAUAGAGCUCAAGUGGGAAUUGUGCAGUUUCAUAGUGCCGCUUUAGCUCUGAAAGGCCUGACUCUGAUUGAUGGGGGGAUUUUUCAUCAGACAUCAGACAGCAUUGACUCCAAUGCCUUAAUAGAUGCCUUUGCCUCUCUUACAACAUCUGAUGGAAAUUUAACACAGCAAGCAAUUCAGCUUGAAAGUAAUGGGACAACAACACUUGAUUGGUUUAAUGGAACAUUUUCAGUGGACUUUACAGUUGGAAAUGGUACAGUUAUAACCAUUAUCUAUCAAGCUUUCCUUCCCAGAAUAUCCAUCAAAAGUCCAAGUGGGGGCUUGUUCAGUGGUUCACACUUCACCCAUGACAGUUCCACAAGGACCUUAUCUUUGAAAAUACCAGGAACUGCAGAGCUUGGAGAAUGGCAUUACAGUCUACUUAAUGAUGGUAGCAGUGCACAGGCAAUGGCAAUCACUGUAACCAGCCGUGCUGCCAGUGCUGAUGUGCCCCCUAUCAUAGUGAAAGCCCACAUGGACCAGAAGUCAUCUGAUGGUAGCAAAGCCAUGGUGGUCUAUGCAUCUGUCACUCAGAAGGGAUUACCAGUUAUAAAGGCAGAUGUCAUAGCCACAUUAGAGUCUAACACAGAGAAGAUACCGCUACAGUUGGAAGAUAAAGGCACAGGUGCUGAUGCCUUCAGGCAUGAUGGCAUUUAUUCAGCAUAUUUCACUGAGAUGAAGACAGGAAGGUACAGCCUGAAAGUGAGAGUAACCAACCAGGAAAAAGCCAGGAUCUCUACUCACAGAUACAAUGGAGCACCUUACAUCCCUGGAUAUGUGGUCAACGGCCAAGUGGUGAUGAAUCCCCCAAAGCCUCCUGUCAAUCAUGAACCAGUGGAGGUGGGGAGCUUCAGCAGGACAGCCACAGGAGAGAGUUUUGUGGUGGCGUUACCCUCAGGAUCUACAGGCCCUCCACCAUUUCCUCCCUGUAAGAUCACAGACCUGAAGGCCAAUCUGGAGGGAGACAACGUCACUCUUACCUGGACUGCUCCUGGGGCGAGCUAUGACCAGGGAACAGCCUCGCUCUACCAUAUCCACUGGAGUGAAGACCUGCAGUUGCUGAGAGGGGACUUUAAUGAAUCUCAAGUUGUCAACACAUCAGCACUGUCACCACAAGAAGCCGGCUCCAUGGAGGAAUACACAUUCAGCUCAUAUCAUUUCAAUAUCACCAAUGGCACUAUUGUCUUCUUUGCCAUUGCAGCUGAAAAUGCUAAAUUUGUGCCAUCCGAAAUGUCAAACAUUGCCCGUGUGGUCAAAUUUGAACCUCCAGUACCCCAACCAACUAAGAGCAUAGAUAUGAUAGCAAUUGCAGUAUGUGGCACAGUGGCUGUCAUUGUAGUAAUGAUUGCAGGAAUUGUGAUUGUUCAUGUUUAACAGCUUUAGCAAAGUUCACAAGGUCUGUCAUAAGUAAGUAGAUGCAAAAAAUAAAUUGUAGAGCAAUAAGGAAUGUCUUACUCUCUGAUUGAAAAGCUCUUUUUGUUUAUGCAUGAAAAAUGUGCUACAUGUAUAUAAUUUGAUGCAGUAACUGACUGUUCAAGAAUGACAGUGAAGAUGCACCAUAUCAUUGUGAUCACAAUCACAGUGAGUGGCACAUGGUGGCUGCCAUUGUAGUAAUAAUUGCAGUUAUACAGCAUAUUAAUAGCUUUCCAGCAAAAUGUAGCUUGACUUCAUCAGAGUAUGGCUACUCACAAUUGGGAAAUAUUUCCUACCCGUAACAGGUGUAGAUUUUGUGUUAACUUAAAAUCACUGGUCCAGCUUAACCAAUCACAUUGAUCAAGGAUUCCUGUGUCAUGUCUGACUUUGAGCAGUCAGGAAACAAUGUAUUUACCUUUGUUAUAUAAAUGUAUGUACACAUUCUUCCAGCUGCAAUUUUUUAUGUUUACAGGCAAUGUUACUAUAUCGUUCACCAUAGCUGAAACGUAAAGGCAUUAUCAGAAGCCAGACUAGUAUCUCGGUGAAAUUAAAAGAUCGGAGAUAGGUGCCAGCAGCAAAAAUGCACAUUAGUAAAAAACUUCAUGCAUAGCACACACAAAGAAAAACAUGUGAAACACAACACAAAUGUGUGAGAAUUGGACAUGUGAAAUAACAUUGUUCACUUCCCUUGAUUAUAAGGCAAUAAUUUGACUCAGGAGUAUCAAUUAUUUGGGUGGCUUUUCCCCUUAGAUAUCUCCACAUAAAUAUCAAUCUGAAUAUCUUUACUGUCAAAGUACAGUAUUUUCUGAUGUAAUAGUUUGUUGUUGAUGAUGUUGAGGUGAUUGAGCAUGUUGUCUGAUGUAUAUGCUGUGUCCAUAUAUUAAAAUGCUUUGAAUUUUUCA